GACGAAACAACCUCAACACCACACCUGCAGGCCCAGUCCAUGGCUGUCUUCUGGACCAGAGAGACCUGGUUUUAUGACUGACCGUACCGACCGGUGACCAGCGACCGCAAUGGCGGUGCCGAAGCGGAAACAGUUGCAUGACGAGAAGCCCUCCACCGAGAACCAGUCCACGCGACGCGCGACGCGCCAACAUCCCACCACCGCCGACGACGAGCCUCCAAAACAGCUGCGGAGCGGCCGCACCAGGGCGGGCGCCUCCGAAAAGUCCUCCGAUUCACGAACGAGCAAGCGCAAGAGUGAUACGUAUGUCGCGGAACCACGACCCGCCAGCCGAGAUGGCCCUCGCCGGACGACGGCCAUCCCUCCACCAUCGAUCCCCUCGUCUCCCGAAGAAACGGCACGAACAAGGAGGACGGUAGCAGCACCACCACCGCCACAACAACAACCGCAGUCGAAAUCCACGAGGCAGACUCGUCGCGAGCCCAACGCCGGUCCAACCUCACCGUCACAACCGCGGGCACACCCCGUCCCAGUAGAGACACCCAUAUCGCCUCCCAAGCACCCUCUCCAGCUCCAGCGCGAGCAAGUCCGGCUGGCUAGCUCCGCACUCCCGCCCGGGCAGCCUCAACAUGCAGUUGAACCCCCAAACCCGAAGACAUCCCAACAGAGUCGUAUUCUUCCAGGACAGACGUCACCAGAAAAGACCCUGGCUAGCUCUGUCGCCAAGCCAAGAUCUGCCGUCAAGACUACUCCAAAACGGCAGUCUCGGCCGCUGAAGCCGCCGUCAACUCCAGGGCCAGACAGAAACAUCGAUAAGGUAUUUCUGGGAAAUAUUUGCUUCCGAGCGUGGUACCCAAGUUACUAUCCCAAAGAAGUCCUUGCCGACUCGGCAGGUAAUGCUGGUCCAGAAAAGGACGGACAGCCCACUCGUCAAGUCGGCAAGGUCGGUGGUGGCAAGCACGCUGCUCCCCAGCCUAUCUUGGAGAGACUCCUCGUGUGUCCCUGUUGCUUCAAGUACAGUCGAGAACUUGCCACAUGGUGGGAACAUAUCCGCUACUGCGAGCGCAAGGCACACGUACCAGGUCGCAAAGUAUAUACCCACCCGCGAACUGGAGUGCGGCAACCCAGGACGCACCAGGCAGGUGGUUCGGAUACAGCGACUGCAGAUACAGGAAAGGCGCGGAGAAAAGGCCAUGUGCACGAGGAAGCCAAGCCAGAUCCAAGCGCGGUCAGCCUAGACAGUGAGGGCGAAUGGAGUGUGUGGGAAGUAGAUGGAGAGAAAGACGGCCUGUUCUGCCAAAAUCUCUCGCUGUUUGCCAAGCUCUUUCUUGACAACAAGUCUGUCUUCUUCGAUGUCACCGGCUUCAACUACUUCCUGCUCGUCUAUACACCAAAACUCGCCCUUGAUGGCAGUCGCAAGGAGUACCCUGAUCCGGCCCUCGGCGAAGGAGCACCGCCUGCUAUAGCUCGCCCGCAAAUAGUCGGGUUCUUCUCGAAGGAGAAGGUGUCAUGGGACAACAACAACCUAGCAUGCAUCCUCGUCUUCCCACCCUGGCAGCGGAAAGGACUCGGCUCCUUGCUUAUGGGCGUGUCUUAUGCCAUCUCACGGCGGGAGGGCGUCCUUGGAGGACCUGAAAAGCCCAUCUCGGAACUUGGCAGGAAAGGGUAUAAUCGAUUCUGGGCGGGUGAAAUCGCCCGCUGGCUGCUGAGUCUGCCUGCGUCAGCACCGCGUGCAGAGAAGAGGCGGGCGGCCAAGGACGACAAGGCGGACCACGAGGUCCUUGUGGACAUUGCAGAUUGCAGCGAGGCGACAUGGAUAGUGCCCGAGGACUGUCUGCAGAUACUGCGCGACAUGGGGCUGGUCGAGGAAGCUGGUCUUGGGCCCGCCAAGCGCAGCCAAAACGGCACUGCCUCGAGUUCUGACGACCCUAAACACCACGGCACAGCAGACCACUCGAAUCACGCGUCUUCCAAAUCGGCAGCCACGGGCUCCAGCCAUGGCGGCACAGGAGGAGAGGGCGAAGAUGUGGUCAAGUUGGUACCUCGGGUCCGCCUUGACAAAGCUGCAGUGCAGAAAUGGGUCGAGACACACCGCAUCAGCCUGGAGCGGACUUGUGACCCAGACGGCUUCAUUCCCGGUUAUGCGAUUCGCAACCUGGACGAUUUCGAAUAGAAGUACAUGACGACACUUGUUGAGAGAGUCCACAUGGGACAAGAACGUGGAAAUAGAAGAAGCGCGGUAGCUCAGCAUCACAUUGGGUUUUUACAAGCGACAGACAUUUUGCCAUGUAUUCAGACGCAUAUUCGCUAGAGAUACCCAGGCAUCAAAUGAAAUCAAACCAAAGCUCUCAUGGAGUGGCCCCGAUCGCCAAGUCUUGAAUCACGAAGUCCGCUACCCUCUCCCCGAUAAGCAGCGCAGUGUUGUUCGUGUUGGCACCAACAUUCCUGGGCACGAUGCUCAAGUCGGCAACCUUGAGACCCUUGACGCCGUGGACGCUGCACCGCUCGUCGACGACACCGAGCUGCUCGCGCGGGGCCAUCUUCGCCGUGCCCAGGGAGUGCCAUGUCGUGCUGACGUUCUCGCGGACGAAUCUCUCGAUGGCGGC